GGUCAAAGGUCAUUUUAGGAUACACGUCUUUAAAAUUACAUUCCAUUAUUAAACUUUUUAAAUUACAGAAAAAGAAUAGGUCAACAGUAAGUUUGACAGAAUGUUUAGAAGAAUUUUGUUACAAACAAACAAAAAUCUUUCAAGCCUCCAAACAACAAUCUUGCCUGUUUCUGCUUCUGUCAUAAUUUCAUGUAAACCACAGAUUUGUCAAAAAAGAAUGGCAUCCAGUAAACAUGGUAUAUCUAGGCGUUUAUUAGAAUCACAAAAGAGUUUAUGGGUGGAGUUUUCUAAAUUGGCUCUUGAACAUAAUGCCUUAAACUUGGGACAGGGCUUUCCAGACUUUCAGCCUCCUCAGUUUUUAUUAGAUGCCCUAAAAGAUGCUGCAGCGAAUGGCAAUUAUCUGAUGAAUCAGUAUACUAGAGGUUAUGGACAUCCUCGAUUAGUGAAUGCAAUAGCCGAUGUAUAUUCUCCAAUUAUGGAAAGAAAGAUAGACCCUAUGUCAGAAAUAUUGAUAUCGGUUGGUGCUUAUGGUUCCUUGUUUUGUUCGUUACAAGGAAUGAUUAAUGAUGGAGAUGAGGUGAUUAUAAUAGAACCAUUUUUUGACUGUUAUGACCCAAUGGUGAAAGUAGCAGGUGGUGUACCAGUAUUUGUUCCAUUACGUCCAACUAAAACUGGUGUAUCCAUGGCUACAUCUAGUGCUGAUUGGAAAUUGGAUGAAAAAGAGCUUGAAAGUAAAUUUAAUGAAAAGACAAAAGCAAUUAUUAUUAAUACACCAAAUAAUCCUCUAGGCAAGGUAUUUUCAAGAGAAGAAUUAGAUGUAAUAGCAAGAUUAUGUAUUAAAUAUGAUGUUAUAUGUAUAUCUGAUGAAGUUUACGAAUGGUUGGUUUUUGACGAUAAUAAACAUAUUAAAAUAGCUACAUUACCUGGUAUGUGGGAGAGAACAUUAACAAUAGGCAGUGCUGGUAAAACAUUUAGUGCUACUGGUUGGAAGUUAGGAUGGACUAUAGGACCAAGUGAUAUAUUAGUUGGUGCUAAAACUAUGCAUCAGAACUGUAAUUAUACAUGUCCAACAAUACUACAGGAAGCUACAGCAGUAGGAUUUGAACACGAGUUAAAGAGAAUGGGAACACCAGAAUGUUAUUUCUCACAGUUACCGAAAGAGUUAGAACCAAAACGAGAUAAAUUAAUUAAUUUAAUGACAGAGAUGGGAAUGUGGCCUGUAAUACCACAAGGAGGAUAUUUUUUACUAGCUGAUAUAACAGGAUUAAAUAUAGAUCUAUCUCAAGAGGCAGCAGAUGAACCUAAAGAUUUCCAGUUUGUAAAGUGGAUGACUAAAAAUAAGAAACUAACAGCUAUUCCACCAUCAGCAUUUUAUUGUAAAGAACACCAAUCUGUUGGAGAGAACUAUGUUAGAUUAUGUUUUAUAAAGGAAGAUGAAACAUUAGAAAAAGCAUCCAAAAUACUCAGACAAUGGAAGUCAUCAAUGUGAUGUUAGUGUUUGACCACAUAUUGUUAAGUUUGUUGUUAUAUGUAACUGAUAUUAUUGUCCCCCACCUUUUGAAGAAAGCAGGGGACUAUUAAAAUGGGUCUGUCCGUCAGUCACACUUUUUGGGACACAAUAACUUUCCUUCUAAUUGAGCCAGAAUGUUCAAACUUGGUGUAGGUGUUUAUUAGGUCAAUGCCUUGAUGGAGUUUGAAGAUGAGCAUUUUCUGCUUAGGGUAAGCAGAGAUAAGCCAUUUGAUUGGUUGAUGCUUUGGUACAAGAUAACUUUAGUACUAAUUAAGUGAGAGUGAUGAAACUUGUAUAGUUUCAUUACAUCAAUACCUUGACUAAGUUCGAUACUGAACAUUUCCUGCUUAUGCUAUGUAGCAAUAAGCAAUUUGAUUGGUCAAGACUUUGGAACUUAAAUAACAACACUGCUUUUAAUUGAGGUAGAAUGAUUAAACAUACAUUUUGCAAGAGCUAAAUCUGCCUAUUGCAGGUAUAUCUUUAGGUUUGAAAUGUUAUCUAAGUUAUCAAUUAGACAUUAAUUAACUUAUCCGUACCAUAAUCAACUCUCGAUGGCAUCCCUAGCCUGCGAUCUUGAGUGGAUUAUGACCCGAUUUACUGCAUAACUUCCCUUCACGAUUAAAUCAAUAAAUGUAUAAUCGAGACUAUGCUUUUUAUUGUACUGACUUUAGUAAUGAUGAUCGAGGCUAGGUGGAAAUUUCAAUCGCUUAAUUCUCGGUUUAUAGUGGAUCAAUUUGACUGAAAUUUUCAGCAAAUUGCCUUUACAUUAUAUAGUUUGUAACUAUUAUAGUGAGAAUUGCCAACUUGUUAUCUAAUCUCCCAUAAUGUAUCUUUAAACUUGAUGUAGAUGUUCAUUAAGUGAAUGUCUUGACUGAGUUCAAUGAGAGAGAGAGAGCGAGAGAGGGGGUUUAAUGUCCACUCCAUACAAACUAGGUCAUUUCAGGACUAACAUAUGGUCAAAUUUUAUUUCAAUAAUUCGCUUGCACGUGGGGAUCUUUAGCAGUGGGAGGCUACCGGAGGACCCGGAGAAAACCCAUGAGGUUGGACAGGUGGGGAAUCGAAACCACAUCAGUUGACUCGAUGACAGACCUUAUGAUACAGGGUACACGUGCUAACCAUUCGGCCAUCCAACCCCCCAUUAAUCAAUAUGUGUUAUCUAUAUAUUUAUGGAUUUCGGCGGGGGACAUCAGCCUCACUGUUGGCUUGUUUGAAUCUAAAAGAAAGUUUAUUUUUUUCAAUACAGUAUAUUGUGCACUGUUACUUAUAUUUAAAGGAUUGAAAAUCAUGUGAUAUCAUUUGAGAGAUUGUGAAAUUACAUAAAAUAAUAUAUCAAGGAAAUAUGACAAUGUGAUUAAAAUUAGAUAAAUCUCAA